AUGGAACACUUUCACCGUCAAUGGUGGAUUGCAGGUCGUCAAAUCGAACCAUUGGACACCCGGCUUUUAGUGCUGGAACCGUCGAUUAUCCGGCCUCGCGGUGGCCAAAAACGGGAACGCCCAGGGCGAGAGCUGUUAUAUUGGGAGCAGGUUGACCGUGCUGUCCGCAUAGCUCAGUAUGGCCAAACUAUUCAAGAGGGCGAGGCAGCAAAGGCAGCAGCGGCUAAGCAGGCAGGUGAUAAAACAGUGGAGGGGGAAAAAAUAACUCAGUUACUUGAAGCAUCGAAUAAGGCAUCGCUUCAGACAUCAAAUAAGAGCUGUAACCUGGGCUCGGGUCGCGAACAGCCUGGUUAUAUCACCCAAUAUGCGACAUCUAGUGCCUAUCUCUGCAACGCCCUGAUGGUCUUUGAGGCUUUGCAGCGGUUAGGCAGCCGCGCACAAAGGGUUUUGUUCUACCCCGAAGAUUGGGAUGUGCAUAUUGAAAGCGAUCGGGAUAGAGAUAGCCAGUUGCUUAGCCUGGCCCGGGAGAAAUAUAACGUGCAAUUGGUCCCGAUCGAUGUAAAAAUGAUCAAAGCUGGAGCAGGGCCCGACGAGUCAUGGGAUAAAAGUAUCUCUAAACUGCUUGUCUUUGGGGAGACAGAGUACGACCGUAUUAUCCAUAUAGACUCAGACGUGAAUGUCUUACAGAACAUGGAUGAGCUAUUCUUUCUUCCUUCGGCCAAAGUUGCAAUGCCUCGAGCGUAUUGGAGACUUCCGGAUGAAAAGCAGUUGUCAUCUCUAUUGAUCGUGAUCGAACCCUCCUACCGCGAAUUCUCGGCCCUGAUGGAUGCAGCACGACCGGAUUUAUACGACAUGGAAUUGUUGAAUGAUCAGUAUGGUGAUUCGGCUAUAGUACUUCCCCACCGGCAGUACGGUUUGAUCACCGGGGAGUUUCGAGCAGAGAACCAUAAGAACUAUCUGGGGAAUGAAUAUGAAAUCUGGGACCCGGAUAAGGUGCUAUCCGAGGCGAAACUAGUGCAUUUUUCGGACUGGCCACUGCCUAAACCUUGGGUUAUGUGGCCGCAAAAAGUGCUAGCAGAAACGUUACCAAAAUGCCAGAAUAAUCCCGGUACUCCGAAGGAGAGUGGGUGUCGCAAUCGGGAGUUGUGGAGGACCUUCUAUGACGAUUUUCGUCGAAGAAGAAAGAAUAUCUGCAAACUUCUUAGCUACCCGGCUCCGGAUAUAGAUACCGAUUCCCGUUCCCAGUAA